CUACUCACAAGUUAACAACAAUUUACAUUAUUCACCGUGGGCCAAGGCUGGAGACCGAGUUCUGGGCAAGAGGCAUCAGUACAUUUAAAUUCCAGAUUUCAUAUCAGGCGCACACUGCGCUCAAAGAUUUCGGUCAGAUCCAUGGACUGGUCAGCUCUCACCUACAUCACAAUCCUGAUCCUUCUCUUCCUGCCGAUGAGUGCACCUGACGACCGGCUUGCCCCUGGCAAGCCGCUCUCCCCUGGCAUGACCAUAGUCUCCGAUGGUGGGGCGUUCACCUUGGGCUUCUUCUCCCCGGCCAACUCCACUCUGGCCAACCUGUACCUCGGCAUAUGGUACAGCGCUAUCCCCGAGCUCACAGUGGUGUGGGUUGCCAAUCGAGAAACCCCCAUCAGAAACGACACUUCAUCUCAACCAACGCUAUACCUUACCAAUACCUCCAAUCUUGUUUUAGCUGAUGGUGAUGGUGGGCAUAUCAUUUGGACUACCAACUUGACCACUACCACAAGCUCUUCAUCUUCCCUUCUGCCGAUGGCGGUGCUUCUGAACACCGGCAGCUUCAUCCUUCGGUCGCCGAAUGGCACCACCUUAUGGCAGAGCUUCGAGCACCCGACAGACACGUUCCUUCCUGGCAUGAGGAUCCGUGCCAACUACAAGACGCACGCCAGGGAUAUCUUGGUUUCCUGGAAGCGUCCUGGUGAUCCCUCGCCGGGGAGCUUCUCCUACAGCAGCGAUCCAGGCUCCCUCCUCCAGUUUUUCUUGUGGAACGGGUCGCGGCCGGUGUACCGCAGCGCCCCAUGGACGGGAUACCAGGUGUCAAGCCAGUACCAGGCGAACAACAGCAACCUCGUGUACCAGUCCAUCAUCAACAACGAUGAGGAGAUCUACUUAACCUAUAACCUCGCGGAUGGCGCUGCCCAGACCAGGUAUGUGCUGACCUACUCUGGCAAAUUCCAACUUCAAAGUUGGAACAAGAGCUUGUCAGUGUGGGCUGUACUCGGGGAGUGGCCGAACUGGGAGUGUGACCGCUAUGGCUAUUGUGGACCAUAUGGUUACUGCGACAACUCGGAGGUUGUCCCUACUUGCAAGUGUCUCCAAGGUUUCCAGCCCACGAGCAUGGGAGAGUGGAGCAGCGGCAGAUUCUCUGAGGGAUGCCAGCGAAAGAAGGCCUUACACUGUGGCGAUGGCUUCUUGGCGUUGCCGGCCAUGAAAGUGCCGGACGGGUUCGUGCAUGUCCUGGACAGGAGCAUGGAGGAGUGCGCCGCAGAGUGUGCCCGCAACUGCUCCUGUGUCGCGUACGCGCAGGUCAAUCUGAGCACCAGUGCCACGGGGGAUUCCACCAGGUGCUUUGUGUGGGCUGGGGAUCUCAUUGACACUGAGAAGAAGAUCGAUGGCAACGCCGCUGGUAGCGAGACUUUGCAUCUUCGGAUUGCUGGUUUGGUUGAUUCAGGUCGAAUACAGGAGAGAAAUAUUUUGAAGAUUGUACUAUCAAUUUUAGCAAGUGUUCUGGUGCUUAUGUGUAUCUCCCUUGUGACAUGGAUUUGCAGGUCAAAAGGGAAAAGACAGAGACGCGAUAAUCUCAAUAGGUUAGUGCUAGGAGACUUGGACAUCCACGAAGGCUUUGGAGCAGGAAGCCCCACUGAAAUUUUUGAUUUUCCAAUGGUAAGUUUCAAAAUAAUUGUGGGUGUUACGAACAACUUCCAAAAAUCAUACAUGAUUGGGCAAGGUGGAUUUGGCAAAGUUUAUAAGGCAACGCUGGAUGGUCGAGAAGUUGCUAUCAAAAGGCUCAGCAAGGAUUCUAACCAGGGAAUUGCGGAGUUCAGAAACGAAGUUGUUCUGAUUGCCAAACUGCAACAUCGGAAUUUAGUUAGACUUCUUGGUUGCUGCUUAGAGGGAGAUGAAAAGCUUCUGAUUUUUGAGUACAUGCCUAACAAAAGCUUGGAUGCUCUACUUUUCAGUAUGAUCCAAAACUGCAUCACAAGUUCUUUAAUCAACACAACAGAUAUGUCACUAACCAUACUAUGGUUGCCCUUUGUAGACAGUGCAAGAAAAACAAUGUUAGAUUGGCCAACGCGGUUUAGAAUCAUCAAAGGUAUCGCUAAAGGGCUCCUAUAUCUCCAUCAAGAUUCAAGAAUGAAGAUUAUUCAUAGAGAUCUCAAAGCAGGCAAUGUUUUGUUGGAUGAAGAGAUGAGACCAAAGAUAGCAGACUUUGGUAUGGCAAGGAUGUUUGGUGACAGCCAGCAGAAGGCAAACACGAAUCGAGUCGUCGGAACAUACGGCUACAUGGCUCCUGAAUAUGCAAUGAGAGGCAUAUUUUCUGCCAAGUCUGAUGUGUAUAGCUUUGGUGUGUUGACCUUGGAAGUUGUAAGUGGUGUGAAGAUAAGCUCUACUGGUCACAUCAUGGAGUUCGAAAAUCUCAUUUCCUAUGCAUGGAACCUAUGGAAGGAAAGGAAGGCAAUGGAUUUAGUGGACCCUGAUAUAGUGAAGAGUUGCAUACCAGAUGAAGCUUUGCUUUGCGUUCAGAUAGGGCUCUUGUGUGUGCAGGACAACCCCAACGACAGGCCACUCAUGUCAUCUGUUGUGUUAAUCUUGGAGAACGGAAGCGCGGCAAUUCCCAUCCCAAGCCAACCUGCAUAUUUUGCCCAUACAGAUGAGAAAACAGAACUUGUAAGGGGCAGUACCGAAAACUCAAAGAACGGACUUACUAUUACAGUUCUACAGGGCCGGUAG